AUGGCCAACACAACUGUUCGCGGGCAGAUGAUUUUCCAGGACGAGAAUGCAUUGGCCCAUGGAAAAAAGGCUGUUGCUGCGGGAAAAAGUAAGAAGAGUUCACUCGCAGGUCCAAAGAAAAAUGGGGCAGGUCUUGGAAGCCGAAAGGCUCUGCAUGAUAUCACAAACAAGUCAAAGUUGCAACCUCAAGCUUCUUCCAAGACGAGGAAGAAGAAUGCCGAGGAAGUGGACUUUGACAUAUCAAAGGAAGGUUACUUGCAUGAUCACAGCAAAUGCAUUGAACAACAGCGAAACCAGUGGGACAGUUACUUCUCUCAACACAUCACUGGACUUGAUACCAACUCCAAGGAAGACGUUCCCGAAUACAAUAUUGAAAAGCUCUUGUUUUGGAGAAAAUCUGAUGACGGUUUCUACUUGCCUUUGCGCCUAAGGUGGAUGACAAAAGCAGCAACAUUUGGGAUGAACUCGAAGAGAUACCAAUGGACGAGUUUUCGGAUUUUCUGGAAUGCUCAACUCGGUGGCGCUCACCACCUGACUCGCCCAUCCAUCACCAUUCUUCCUUACCUUCAUCGCCUCUGCCAUGGCAUUUUGAAACUGUCGAAUUCAAGCUCAAGGAAGAUGAAGACGACACCACCCAUUAGUUCCAGUUUUACUUAA